AAUCAAAAUUGCGAACUCAAUUUUGCUUGCUCAGGUUUUCUUUUGUAUCCUUUGUCGAUCAACAAUGUCUUAGCUAGGGGAGGCUUUGGUCACAUGCUCUGUUGAAAGAAAAAUAUGAAUAAUAAUGUUCCUCAGAACUCUGUUGCUGUUGCGAGACGCACUGCUUUAAGAAAUAGAAUUUAUGCUAUCGUAAAACACAAGCAGCAGCAGCAGCAUCAAAUCUUUCUACACAAGAAGAAUCAGCAGCCCACGCAAGAUGCUAUCUUAGAGAAGCAGGAUCAAAAGUGUAUUGCCGCAACAAGAAUGAUUGAGGAAAAACUCCUCAAGUCUUCCCGAUCAUUUGAUGAGUACUCCGAUUUAACAACUUUUGACGCUCGUGUACAAACUAUGUUGCAACAGCUUGGAACAAUCCUUUCUCAGCGGCGUGCUGCCAUGAAUAAUGGAGGGGCUCAAUGUAUUACACCUACCCGCGCGGUCCAUACUUCCACGAGCGUUAGUAACAACUCUUUCCAAUCCGGAAGAAGCCUUGUGCCAAUUAAUUGCACCACUGCAGCAGCUGGAGGAUUAUUUUCUAUUGGGCCUGACAUGCACACACACCAUUCUACUGGUGCUAAUCACCAGAUGGUUGAAGUUAAUAGGCCAAAUAUGAACCAAAUUACUUGUGGGAUCUCUAGUCCUCUGAUUACUGGAUUUAACGGCAACUGUGUACCAGUUUCUGCUAAUAUACCCAUGACUUCUCAAGACCUCUUCAAUGCUACACUUCUCAACUGUGUACCACCUGAUCAGUCACACAUGCAUAGAUACUCAAUGAGCAACGUUGCUUCUUUUGGUCAAAGUAAUCCCUAUCCCUGUGGAAUUGUUGUGUCAUCUAGCUCAAUGGCAGUUUCUCAGAAUUCAACUCCAUGGAACCCCAAUCCUAUGCAGGGACUUGACGCUACCGUCACAAGUUAUCACUCAAACCUGCAACCAAUGCAACAAACCCCAUUGCCAAAACGUCAACUACAUCAUCCGCUUUGGAAUACUAAUUUCCAAUCUGCUCCCAAUAACAGAGAAAACUUGCCUCAGGUCAGUCAACAACUCUUAAAUCAUGGGUCUCACCAGCACCGAGGACAACACUCCCAAAAUCUUUAUCCUGGCCAACUCCAGAACCAAGAUCAUUUACUUCCCAAUCUGACUCAGCAAGCUAUGGCUUUAGCUGCUCCUGUCAUGCAUGUACCAAGCUUGGAAUCCUACGAAGAAGCUCUUCAGAAACAUGCUACUAAAAAUGGAUUCAAACCAUCCAAGUUGCAGUGCCAACAGACUGCUGUUCAAGACCAUUACAUUGGUGCUCAAAGUGUAUCUGUCCACAGUAGUCAGAUGAAUUCUUCUCCAUCUUUGCAACCACAUCCUCAUCAAAAGCAGUCGGAAUCAAUCCCGGUUCAAAGGCAGACAUCUCUACAGAACUCAACUGAAAUAUUACAAAACAAUAAUGGACAGAGAGAACAUACUCAUAUGCAGCCUGAACCUGUCCAUCGUGUCUCAUCUCCAAUAGCGCCUAUAAACAGUCAAACUGUUUCUCCUAGAAAUACUGUUGAGAGGAAACGUCCUCGGGAUGGAAACGAUACAUCAAGUAAACAGGUUAAUGAAGAUUGUGGUCAAACGUCUUCGAACACCGUUCUGCGGUGGAUUCCGUUUAUGUUCCAUGCACGUCAUUGCAAGGCUAAGAAAGAUAAGUGUGCGAGCAAGUUUUGCUUUCAAGCCAGAAAGAUAGUGAAACAUAUAGACUGCUGCAAGGUCCCUAACUGCAAAUAUAGAUAUUGUCUUGGUACUCGGAUGUGGUUAGAUCAUUUCAAGCAGUGCAAAAGCAUAUCGUGCCGUACCUGUGUAGCUGUCAGAGAAUACAUGGAAAAGAAUAAAUACACAAUUGUACCUCUCCGUAGAGCUAAGUGUAGCUCAGCUAGUUCGAAAUGUCAACCCAAGAAAUCCUCAAAAUCCAGGAAAGCAUAUAAAAAAGGAGGUGCUGAAGCUCCAUCUGUUGAUGCUGAUCUGCAACGCUCAAUCAAGCGCCCAAAAUUACAGCGACCCUCCCAAAAUAUCACUCCCGAGACGAAGAGCAUUUCGGUGACAGGAUGUGGUGUUGUUUGUAAACCUCAUUCCUUAAUGAAUAUGCAAGAGAAAGAUGGUUUGCAAAGCCUCAAAGUUGAGGCUAUGCCUAUGGACAUAGAUGUUCCUGAUGCUUCUGAGAUUCCCGUUACCAGGGAGCUGGUGAAACAUGUUGCUGAAGAUACUCCCAAGGGUAAUAAUUGUGGUGGUUUUGUUAUGGAUGAAAAAACUAGUUGCUUAUUGGCACAAGGGAAAUCCAAAUGUAUGAAUGAAAUGAGUGCACCAAAGGAAGAGAAUGUGAAACAGUCUGUGGAAGUUGUAGAUGCGUCUAAGAUGGAAAUCUCCUCACUUGUUGAAUUGUUUACUCCUGAGCAAGUAAAGGAGCAUAUCCGCAGUCUUCGUCAGUGGGUAGGACAGAGUAAAACCAAGGCAGACAAAAACAAAGCAAUGGGGUGCUCCAUGUCUGUGAAUUCUUGUCAGUUAUGUGCUGUUGAGUGGCUUGUAUUUGAGCCAGUACCUCUCUACUGCUCACCUUGUGGUAUACGCAUCAAGAAAAAUGCCUUGCACUAUAGUAUUGCGGCUGGUGAGUCAAGGCAUUAUGUCUGUGCACCUUGCUACAAUGAAGCGCGUGAAAACUUGGUUUUUCUUGAUGGAACUUCUAUACCGAAAACAAGGCUUGAGAAAAAGAAAAAUGAUGAACAAGUUCCGGAAGGGUGGGUGCAAUGUGAUAAGUGUGAAGCAUGGCAGCAUCAAAUUUGUGCUUUGUUCAACAGCCGAAGAAAUCAUGGAGAAACCACCAAGUACACUUGCCCUAAUUGCUAUAUACAAGAGGUGGAACAAAGAGAAAGAAGACCAUUACCACUAAGUGCUGUUCCGGGGGCAACAAAUUUACCAGUUACUGCUCUUAGCAACCAUCUAGAGGAGCGGUUAUUCAAAAAGUUGAGGGAGGAAAGACAAGAGAGGGCUAGACUUCAAGGAAAAACUUAUGAGGAGGUCCCUGGAGCUGAAUCACUUACUGUCAGAGUUGUGGCAUCGGUUGAUAAAGUAUUAGAAGUAAAGCAACGUUUCCUUGAGCUUUUCCGAGAAAAAAAUUAUCCAACUGAGUUCCCUUAUAAAUCCAAGGCCAUUUUGCUGUUUCAGAAGAUUGAAAAUGUGGAAGUAUGCUUAUUUGGUAUGUUCGUCCAGGAAUUUGGGACAGACUCUGGACCUCCCAAUGAGCGGCGGGUAUACCUUUCUUAUCUGGACUCUGUUAAGUAUUUCAGACCUGAGGUUCGAACUGUGUCUGGAGAAGCCCUUCGCACCUUUGUGUACCAUGAAAUUCUGAUUGGUUAUCUCGAUUAUUGUAAGAAACGUGGUUUUACAAGCUGCUAUAUAUGGGCAUGUCCUCCACUUAAGGGUGAAGAUUACAUUCUUUAUUGUCAUCCUGAAAUCCAGAAGACUCCAAAGACUGACAAACUAAGGGAAUGGUAUUUGGCAAUGUUAAGAAAAGCUUCAAAAGAAGAUGUGGUCGUUGAAUGCACAAACCUCUACAAUCAUUUUUUUGUCCAGUCUGGUGAAUGUAGAGCUAAUGUAACUGCUGCAAGGUUGCCAUAUUUUGAUGGAGACUACUGGCCAAGUGCUGCUGAGGAUUUACUACGCCAAAUGAACCAAGAAGAUGAUGGUGAGACAAAGUUAAAUAGAAAAGGAUUGACCAAAAAGGUCAUAUCGAAAAGAGCCCUAAAAGCCGUUGGCCAGUUGGACCUUUCUCUUAAUGCCUCCAAGGAUCGACUUAUGAUGCAAAAACUCGGUGAGACCAUUUGUCCGAUGAAGGAAGAUUUUAUAAUGGUUCAUUUGCAACAUUGCUGCAAGCAUUGUACCACUCUCAUGGUAUCUGGAAACCGGUGGGUCUGCAAUCAUUGCAAGAAUUUUCAGAUCUGUGACAAGUGUAAUGAAGUGGAACAGAACCGCAUAAAUAUAGAGAGACAUCCGAUUAAUCAGAAAGAGAAACACGCGCUAUUUCCCGUGGCCAUCAAAGACGUUCCCGUCAAGAUUGAGGACACAGAUGACAACCUGGAGAGCGAAUUCUUUGAUAACAGACAAGCUUUCUUGAAUCUUUGCCAAGGAAAUAACUAUCAGUACGACACUCUAAGGUGGGCCAAACAUUCUUCCAUGAUGAUUCUCUAUCAUCUUCACAACCCAACUGCCCCUGCAUUUGCUACAUUUUGCACCAUCUGCCAACAAGAAGUUGAAAACUCUCAAGGCUGGCACUGUGAAGUUUGUCCGGGCUAUGAUGUCUGCAGUGCCUGUUACUCGAAGGCGUCUAUCAACCAUUCACAUAACCUGAUAAACCGUUCAUCUUCUACCGAGAGUCCUGUUGUACAAGAGAACAGGCAAGCUAGUCAAAAUUAUCAAGUCCAGCUAGAGAAGUUAAAAGAAGUGCUGGUACAUGUAGCUGCAUGCCGCUCUACACUGUGCCAAUAUCAAGGUUGUCGUAAGUUUAAGACCUUCUUCAGACAUUGUAUAGCAUGUAAGACUGGUCCUGGACGUUGCCCCCAUUGUAAGAGAGUUUGGAAUCUCCUCAGACUCCAUGCCCGCAGCUGUAGAGAUUCCCAAUGCACUGUCCCCAAAUGCAGAGAUUUCAGAGAGAUUAGUAGUAGGCAGCAGCAGCAGUCGGACAAAAGGCGUAGAGCUGCUGUAAUGGAGAUGAUGCGGGAAAGGGCCGCUGAAGCCACCCGCACUGGCUAACUCAUCUGGUCAAUGGAGGGUUGGGAUUCAGUUGGUUUCUGACAGGCGAUUAAACAAGAAGAGAUUCAUUUGUAGACUAUUGCAUAGAAUUAAAGGAAGACUAGAAGCAAAAGGAGGAGCUUUUUCGUCUCUUCAGCAGAUAGCUAACUAUAAGUUAAAGAUUAGAGGAGGUACAUAGGAAGGUAUAUAUUUGCCAAAUAUAAGAUGUCGGUUGCGGUGGAUUUUUUUGAAUUUGAAAUCUCUUUCAUAUUCUUUGUAUUGGCUGCAAAAUUCCAUCUUCUUUGUUGAUUGAUUCUUUUGUAAAUAACUAUAGGAAUUUGGCAAUAUACUUCUUUCAUUGGAUCA